AUGGCGGCGCUCAAUGCAAGUAUACUCCUUUCCCAUUUGGAAGACUCAAAGGCGACUGUCACAGACCAGGAAAUCAAUGCCGUCAAUGCGGACUUUGCAGCUGCCCUAGGUCAGAAUGCACCUAACCCCUGGGGACGUGGACAUGUGGCCCUUUACUGCUGCUGUCUGGUCGUGUAUCUUUGUUCCACCAUGAAUGGCUACGACGGCUCUCUCAUGGGCAGUAUCAAUGCUCUACCCAACUAUCUCCACUACUACAACGUGUCGGAAAAUGAACAGGCAGGCACUGGGAUCGUCUUCGCAAUCUUCCAAGUCGGCCAAAUGACUGGAGCUCUGUUCGUUUGGUUGGCGGACUGGAAAGGAAGAAAGCUGCCAAUAUUCCUCGGCUGUGCAGGUGUGAUAGUCGGAACAAUCGUCACUGCCACAGCUAAGACAUUGGCGAUAUUCAUUGGUGGCCGCUUCUUGCUGUCAUUCUUCUCCACAUGGGCGACAACUGCAGCACCCAUGUAUAUCGUCGAAAUUGCUCCCCCUCUGUACCGUGGUACUGUAUCUGGUUUAUACAAUACUCUCUGGUAUAUGGGUUCGAUCAUCGCCACCUUUGCUGUCUACGGGACGCAUCUUCAUUUUACAUCCAACCUAGACUGGAGAUUGCCUCUAUGGCUUCAACUCCUCUGCCCAGGAAUCGUUUGCUUCGCAGUCUGGUUUCUUCCAGAAUCUCCUCGUUUCUUGGUUGCCACCGAUCGCCUUGAAGAAGCUCGAGAUUUCGUUGUGAAAUAUCAUGCAAAUGGAGAUGCUUCUCAUCCCAUCGUCAACCUUGAACUCAACGAAAUCCAACACAAUUUGCGCGAUGUUCCACUGGCAUCGUGGAGCAAUUUUUUUGACCUUCGAAUUCUGGUCAAGUCUCGCUCGAGACGAUAUCGAAGUAUGUUGAAUCUCGCGUGGAGUUGGUUUGGCCAGUUCUCCGGAAACAACGUCAUCUCUUACUAUCUGCCCCUUCUCCUUACCAACGUCGGGGUUACGGAUACCAACACCGUGCUCUUGCUCAACGCAGUUUAUGCAUUGACUGGUUGGAUUGCCGCCGCUGCUGGAGCUCGCUUCCACGACGUCUUCGGUCGCCGUAAAAUGAUGCUGGGCUCGACCUUUGGCAUGAUCAUCUGCCUAUCUAUUACCGCCGGGACUGCGGCUGGCUAUGUCAAUACCGGAUCGAAAAGCUCAUCUGACGCGAGCAUUGCCUUCAUCUAUAUCUUUGGUGUGGUCUUUGCGUUCGCGUACACCAGUAUGCAACCUAUCUACCCUGCUGAGGUCAUGUCGAACGAAAUGCGAGCCAAGGGAAUGUGGCUAUUCCAAUUCACGGCUGGUCUCGCUUCGUUUGUCAACACUUUUGCUGCGCCGGUUGCUCUGAAGAACAUCAAGUACUGGUUUUAUGUUUUUUUCGUGUUUUGGGAUUGCUUCGAGUUCCUCUUCAUAUAUUUCUUCUUUGUUGAGACCAAGGGCAGGACUCUCGAAGAACUGGACGAAGUAUUCGAAGCGAAGAACCCGAGGAAAGCAAGCACGAGGAAAGUUGUUUUAAGAAGGCAAGAGAUCGUGGACGUGGAGGGUUCACGUAAUAAGGUAACAGCGUUCAAGCAGAAGUCUCAGACAGAUGACCCCGAAGGCAGUGUGGAUGAGAUUGAAGAGUUGUAG